AUGGCCCCAAAAUCCCAAAGAGGUGUGAAUUGGAAACCACAAGAAGAUGAGGCAUUGUGCAGAGGGUGGGUUUCUAUCUCUGAAGAUGGGGCUAUUGGCACCAAUCAAUCAAACAACUCAUUUUGGUUGCGUGUGUACCAAAAGUUUUUGGAAAAUGAUCCGGGUAUGAGCGGAGCCGGGGUACAAUCACUGCAAGCUAUUGCUUCUCGGUUCAAGAUCAUCAACCAACAAUGUUCUCUAUGGAAGGCAUGUAUGACAAAGGCCAAUGCAAGGCAUGUAAGUGGCUCCAAUCUUGAAGAUGUGAUCAUCUCAAACAAGAACAGGAGAGAAAUCUCCAAAUACCUUUCCAAGGGAGUGUGCUAUGCAAAGAAGGACUAUAACUUGGCAAAGCACCCAGAAAUCGAUGUGCCAAAUCUGCAGGUGAUUAAGCUGAUGCAGAGCUUCAAAUCGAAGGAGUAUGUGAGAGAAACUUUUGCUUGGAUGCACUACUACUGGUACCUGACCAAUGAUGUCUCCCUUGAAUUUUUGAGGAACUACCUCAACCUUCCAUCUGAGAUUGUCCCUGCAACUUUGAAGAAGCAGGCCACGCCUCCUGGUCGCCCCUUGGGCCCAUCUGGUGACCGCCCACGCGGCCCACCUUGCUUUGAUGGAGGAGAACGCAGAUUUGGUGACAGGGAUGGGUACCGUUCAGGUCCUUGUGCACCGGGGGGUGAUUUUGGUGACAAGGGUGGAGCACCUGCUGACUACAGACCUUCUUUCGGGGGUAGUAGGCCUGGCUUUGGUCAUGGUGCCGGUGGAUCUGGUGGAGCCGGUGGUUUUGGUGCUGGCCCAGCAAGCUCUGAUCUCUCCUAAGGAAAUGGUUUACUUAAACACCGUUUGGUUUCCUAAGUUUGCAUUUAAGAACGGAUGACAUUCUGUAUUAGGAGACAAUAGCAGUUUUGUCUGACUUGCAAC